ACGGCGGCGGUGAGCGCCGCUGCCCCCGGGACCACGUAAAACGCCCCCGUCCGCCCAGCCGCGGCCCAGGCCGGAGCGGAGCCCGCCGCCCGCCGCCCGCCUCCUCAGCCCUGCGCGUCGCCUCCCGGCCCGGGGAGGAGGUGGAGGAGGAGGAGGAGGCGCCGCCUUCCCCGCGGCGCGCGCCCUCGCCGUUGUCUGCGCUCCGCUCUGGACCAGUUUGGGGAAGUUGCCGGGGCCCCGCGUCGCCCAGAUGUGCGACCUCAUUGAGCCGCAGCCGGCCGAGAAGAUCGGCAAGAUGAAGAAGUUGCGGAGAACUUUGUCGGAGAGUUUCAGCCGCAUUGCUUUGAAGAAAGACGACACCACCUUUGAUGAGAUAUGUGUCACAAAGAUGUCUACACGGAACUGCCAGGGAAUGGACUCAGUGAUCAAACCCCUGGACACAAUUCCUGAGGAUAAAAAAGUCAGAGUUCAAAGGACACAGAGCACUUUUGACCCAUUUGAGAAACCAGCUAAUCAAGUAAAGAGAGUGCAUUCUGAGAACAAUGCUUGCAUUAACUUUAAGACCUCCUCUGCUGGCAAAGAGUCACCUAAAGUUAGGCGGCACUCCAGCCCCAGCUCGCCAACAAGUCCCAAAUUUGGAAAAGCUGACUCAUAUGAAAAACUGGAAAAGCUAGGGGAAGGAUCUUAUGCUACAGUAUACAAAGGGAAAAGCAAGGUAAAUGGGAAGUUGGUAGCCCUGAAGGUGAUCAGGCUGCAAGAAGAAGAAGGUACACCUUUCACAGCUAUCAGGGAAGCUUCUCUGUUAAAAGGACUAAAACAUGCUAACAUAGUGCUACUUCAUGACAUCAUUCAUACCAAGGAGACGUUGACACUUGUGUUUGAAUAUGUGCACACUGAUUUAUGUCAGUACAUGGACAAGCACCCUGGGGGGCUGCAUCCAGAUAAUGUGAAGUUGUUUUUAUUUCAGUUGCUGCGAGGGCUGUCUUACAUCCACCAGCGUUAUAUUUUGCACAGAGACCUGAAACCACAGAACCUUCUGAUCAGUGACACGGGGGAGUUAAAGCUGGCAGAUUUCGGUCUUGCAAGAGCAAAAUCCGUCCCUAGCCACACAUACUCCAAUGAAGUGGUUACCUUGUGGUACAGACCUCCAGAUGUCCUCCUAGGCUCAACAGAAUACUCCACCUGCCUUGACAUGUGGGGAGUCGGCUGCAUCUUUGUUGAAAUGAUCCAAGGAGUUGCUGCUUUUCCAGGAAUGAAAGACAUUCAGGAUCAACUUGAACGAAUAUUUCUUGUUCUUGGAACACCAAAUGAGGACACAUGGCCCGGAGUUCAUUCUCUACCACAUUUUAAGCCAGAACGCUUUACCCUGUACAGCUCUAAAAACCUUAGACAAGCAUGGAAUAAGCUCAGCUAUGUGAAUCACGCAGAGGAUCUGGCCUCCAAGCUCCUACAAUGUUCCCCAAAGAACAGACUAUCUGCACAGGCUGCCUUGAGCCACGAGUAUUUUAGUGACCUGCCCCCACGGCUAUGGGAACUGACCGAUAUGUCUUCUAUUUUUACCGUCCCAAAUGUGAGAUUGCAACCAGAAGCUGGAGAAAGCAUGCGGGCCUUUGGGAAAAACAAUAGUUACGGCAAAAGUCUAUCAAAUAGCAAGCACUGACAGCACAACAUUCUCAAGCGAGCACAGGAUUAAGUUUUCAUCAUUCUGGAAAGGAAAAAAAAAGCAAACAUUAAUGAAGUGGCCAAUAAUGUGAAGGGAAUCAUGGAUCAGUUUCCUUUCACUCCCUGUGGUGGAUUUCACUUACAAGAAAAUUGAAGCUGGCAAGACCCUGUUUUCUCUGCAAUUUAUUUAAAACCUUGCACGCAUUUGGAUACCUUGUGAUUUCCAAGAACUAUGUGAAGAUUAAGCUUUGCUUACUGAUACAUGGCAUGUAUUCUUUUCAGUCUUUUGUGUUUGAUUUUGUUUGAUUUCCCUCUGCAGCGCAGCGUCUCUGUAAAGGUUUUUAUGCUUUCACCAGCCAUGUCUUAAAUACAUUAAGACAACACAUUUGGUGUUCACACUUCUUCAGUAAUGUCUGUACUUGAAAGCCACACAGUGGCAUAAAACAAUGUGUGUUUUCUUGGAGAGCAGUGUACAUUUUGCAACCAGCAGGAAGGAAACGUUUUCCUGAAGCAAGCCCCUGUCCUCUGACUUGACAGCUUGGUCCCUGACUGCGGGGAGGACCCCCACCUGUUGCUUACCUUUUGAGGACAUUUGCAAGUGUGAGGUUUUUUUCUUGGAAAUAACUGCACGUUUAUAUAGGAUAUUGGAUCUGCUUAGCAUUUUCAAGCCAUAUAGCAUGGCUGUUUUUUGAAUAGGUUGAAAGUGAAGAAACGAAUAUCAAACAUUAAGAACAAAGACAGGGAUAAAAUGCUUACUUUUCAACCUCUGGAGAUGGGGGUAACUUUUUACAUGUGGUCUGGGUCUUGUCAACAUCUUAUUAUUUUUUUUUCCAUCCACUCUGUUACUCUUUGUAGUUUCUAAAUGGAGAAAGUGAGGAACAGAAUGUUUAAAACUUGGGUGCAAAAGAAUCAUAUCCGUUGGAUGAGCCCUGAAAGCAGUCUUGGCUUGAUCCAGUUAAAAGUUUGUUCAUUCAUAACAAAAGCACCUUCAAAAGAUUAUGUUUUUUUAGAAAAUUCCAAGCUGAUUGGAAGACAUCAUUGGGUUCCUUACUUUAAAAAGUCUCCUGGAAUAACUGUUCAAAUGCAGGUUUUAGGAACAAUGCAGGAAUCUUGCUUUGAAGAUGGAAAAGGGAAACUCCUUGUUUAAGGAGUUGAGGGGCCAUGUGACACUGGGGGACAGUGGCCGGGCGUGCACUGUGCUUUGUGCUGGAGGGAGAGCUGCCUGGUGCAGGCCGGCUCCCAGGGAGCAGAAUCCCCAGUAAUACUGGGGAUUAGGAAAUUUCAUCUAAAGCAUGAAACCUAGUUCCUCUGGACACAAAUUCCUAUGGAAAUACCUUUGUGUACAUUGUUUUACAUGUUCUUAUUAGUCAGAAAGGAGAGACUAGGAGCUUCAAAUGUGUCAUACUUUUUUAGGAUCAAAACCAGGAAUUACGAGCCAGUUUGACAAGGACUUUCUCUGAGAGUCUGGUGAGACAAAAACUUUUCUGUAGUCAAACCCAAUACACCUAGGAAACUGGACCCAGAAUUCCUAAACUUUAAAACGGUACUAUCUCUGGAGGGAGGUAUGAGUAGAUAUGUCAGGGUCAUAAUUCAUCCUAUCCAAAUGUAGCAUUCAUUGUCAAUUUGUAAGUGCUAAGCAAGGAGUUCUUUACUGAUUGAUUUUAAAGAGAGCAAAAGCCACCCAAGAUUAGAAUGUUUACUGUUUGCUACCUAGAAAUCUUUCUCAUUCCUCUUUCAUACAUUCCAACCCACUGGAACUCUUUAGAGGUAUUUUGAUUUAAAGUGUACUUCAAUUAGGAUUUCUUAAAGUAAAUAUAGGGGGAAAACUUUACAUGCAAUCAAAAAUGGACUUUCCUAUGAUUUAUUUUGAAUCAUUCAUUUGGGGGAGAGGCAUGACUUUUGUGUUUCACUAAGUUUAAAUCAAGACCAGCUAAUUAAAUCUUGCUAUUUAAUAAGGUUUCUAACUUGAAAAUUUGCAAAUAUUUAAUGUUGAGAGACUUCAAAUAGGGCUAUUAGAGAUAUGUGUCCCUUUCACAGGCAGCUUCUCUUGGGAAGUGAAAUACAAUGAUACUCAGUGGGGGGAGAAAUCUGUUUUAUUACAGAGACAUGCCUCUCAGAAGGUUAGGGGGUUUUGAGUUCCCCAUCUUUGCCAUCAGUACAAGAAAUCCAAGGUUUGGUUCUCUCCCUCUCUCUCUCUCUCUCUCUCUCUCCAUAUAGAUAUAAAAUCUUUAUCUUUUCCCUCGUUCCUCUCCUAUUUGCAAUCACAUUUUCCCUCCCCUUCUUUUUCUCUCCUACCCUCUCUGAGGGCAGUCAUGAAACUCCAUACAUUCUGUGUUCAUUAGCAGAUUUAUUAUUCUAUUGAGAAAGCACUGGAAUGUUUUGUGAGAUUAUUUUUAUAUGAAGGAAUAGCUUGAAUUCAAACAGCUGGUAGUAGUACAAACACCUUAGUACGGUGAUUGUAUCAACAGGACAUCACUGCACACAGUAUUCUGAAAGGAGAUUUGAGAUUUAAUUUUCAUUUUCUUAAAAGAACAGUUUGGUUGACUUAAAAAUACAACAUGUAUAGGACAUGAAAAAAAAAAAAUGUUUGCAGCGCUCAGCAGAAAAUAGAGGACAGAAGGCAGGGGCGGCUGUCCAUCCACUGAUGCAAGGGUGAGAAGCUACUUCUGCCUCCCAAGAGUGAUCAGAAAAGUUUCUAGGGGAACCUCCAGGCUUACAAAGAAAGCGAGGCCUCUUGGUAUCCUUUCCUCAGUGUGUAAAUGACAGCCAAUGUAAUCAAUACCCUAGGUUAUGCAUCUAUAUAAGAUACUCAUCUGUGAAUAUUAUUGGUUUUGUAAUCUUUGUUAUAUAAGAGGAUGUUUAGGCUGUACAUACUGGGGUAGAUUAUUGCCUGCCUCCUAUACAUAGGAAUAUGCUGCAUAAUUGCGCAUAACUUCCAUCUUCUUUACUGGCUUGUAGGCAGAGAAAACUAUAUAUGUUACUGCCUUGUAAUUUUCUCAUAUACCAAAAAAAGAAAAAAACCAACAAAAAUAAAACCUCAAUAAAAUAAGCAAUCUCCUAUUCUCAUUCCUUUUCCCAUAGCAGCAUAUUUUAGAGACAUAUACAAAAUCUACAUUCUCUAGUUGGGAGUGGAUUUUUUAUCCUUUUUUUUUUCUUUUUUCAUAUGAUGCACUGAGAUGUGUACUUUCUAACAGGGGGUUGGUACCUAAGAAAUGUGCUAGCAUCAUUCAGAAAACUAUUAUACUUCAAAAUGAGAUAUAGCAAGGAGAAUGGAAUAAUACAUGUUGCAUAUUUGUUACCCAUUGUAAUUUGUCUGUAUUAUGAAAGAUGUAAUGGUUUGUCAGCUGUCACUGUUGUUUUCUUGUAACAUGAUACGGAAUAAAGUAUAGCAGAAUCUCCA